AUGGAGAGCAUGACCUAUGCAAGAAUCAUGAUCACUUGUACGGAGUACGGUGGUAGAAAAGUGGAUUAUCAUAAUGUUAAAGCUAUCCACUACUGCAAUCCGAAUAAUGAGAGUUAUGAAGCUCAAUCUCAUUCUAUGCAGGGAGCGGCUGCCUGCAGAGAACUAGAUCGUUCUUCGCGAUACUGCGUACCUAGUUAUGGGAUGUUGACUGCAAGGGCUGAACCUUUCGAGCAGAUCCACAAACCAGAUAAUUGUCUGCUAGCUAUUGACACCCUACGCUUCCGCACCACCCUGCCCCGCAUAUACGCGACAAAGCGCCGUUGUAAUAUCAAAAUGAAUUUCCCAUAA